UCAUCAGUCAUCACACAAACGAAAAGUACAAACUCGGCGAUGAACGUUGAAACGCACUGCUGCUAAUUUGUUGUUUAAUUAUUUUAAUCAUUAACUUGUGUAAUUAAUCGUGUUUUAAUCUAUGUGAAACAGUUAUCAAUCCGCUCCUAAUUUUUGUUCAGUUAUGUUGUGUUGAGAUCGCUGAAUGUUUGUUGAACAAAUGAUGCUGCCCGUUCAGCUUGUCUUACUAAUUGGAAUAUUUUCGAUCGGAUCUGUGGUUUCUCAAAAUGUGAAAUACAACCCAAAUACUGCUGGCCAAAACUAUGGCGGCCAAAGUCAAGCCCAGCAACAGUAUCAGCCCUUUGGCGUCGGUGGAGGUGGAGGCGAUGACUCAUUCUACAACAGCGUAAAUCGCUACAAGCAGCUUGAGAAGUUCGGAACCAUUCAAACUCCCCAGGAGAACUAUUGUCCAGAGCAUUGGUCAGUCUAUAGAAGUUCCUGCAUCCGCAUCUACAAAUCCCCGCGGAAGGACUAUGUCAACGCACAAAAAAUCUGCCAAGCCUAUCAGGGGGACUUGAUUAGUGUCGAUAACAUCGAAAAGCAUUCAUUCAUACUGAAAUUGCUUGACGUAGAUACCAAUAGGAACAGUCGAUUUUACAUUUCUGCCCGCCAAGCGUCUCCGAAUAACUGGAUCAACGCAGACAAAACCCAAUUGGUCAGUAUUGAAGAUUCCUUCAUGUUCAAUGCCGCCGAUGAUGAAAGCUAUGAUGCUAUUUUCAACAAAAAACCUUUGGAGAAAUACGACGCCCGCCGGAAUUUCAUUACCGGGUAUAACAACAAUAAAAAUAAUUUGGCUUACUCUUUUAAUGCGGCAAACGAAAAAUGGCAAUUCCUGCCCGUAGGGCCGGAAGGUCUGAAUCUAUUCAUAUGCGAAUCUCAACAACUGUACAGCGUGGACAACAUAAAUCUCCUGGCGGACGAUCAACGUCGGUAUGACUACGGCGUGGAAAUUACGGAUAUCAAUAAAAUUCCUCGGGGUCCAUACUUUAUUCGGCAACCGCGCGAAACGACCUAUGACACGGGUAAGGCUAAAAUAACCAAAGAUGUUAUGCUCAGCUGCCUGGCGGGAGGCUACCCGACGCCGACCUACUCGUGGUAUAAGGAAAUCUACACGAACGACAACAUUACGGUAGUUAAACUGGAUCCGCUGAAAAACGCGCGGUACACGACCAGCGGUGGGAAUCUCAUCAUACACAAGCCCCAGCAGAUACAAGAUCAAGGAACGUACCAUUGCGUUGCAGAAAACACAUUCGGACGAAUCAUAUCGGAAAGCGUGGAACUGAACUUUGGAUACAUCCUCGAGUUUAAUCUACAGCGUUCUUCAGAAAAUGGCGAAAUGAACUGGGGCAAAUCCCUUUACUGUGACCCACCUCAACAUUAUCCGGAUGUGCGGUACUACUGGUCGCGUGGUUUUUUCCCGAACUUUGUCGAGGAAGAUCAGCGAGUCUUCGUCAGCCACGAUGGAUCGUUGUACUUCUCGUCAUUAGAAGUCAAAGAUCGCGCCAACUAUUCCUGCAACGUGCAGAGCACAGUCAGCGAUACAGGUAGGAAUGGACCAUUCUUCAAUCUUCAGGUUGUUUCUCAUCCACACUAUCAGGAUUUAAUUUUUGCCAAUAACUUCCCGAAAAAGUAUCCAGAGGCACCAGUCGCAGGGAAAGAUUUAAGACUGGAAUGUAUGGCCUUCGGUUACCCAGUGCCUUCCUAUAACUGGACACGUAAAAGCGGAAAUCUUCCUCGUUUUUCGUAUCUCGAAAACUAUAACCGUGUGCUCGUUAUCAAAAAUUCCACUGCUAAUGAUAAUGGCGAGUACAUUUGUACGAUUAAAAACGAUAGAAAGUCAAUCUUUAAGAGCGUCAUGGUCAGUGUACAAAUGCAACCAAAUUUCACAAUCCCCGUCAAGGACAAGAUCAAGGAUUACCAAAGUUCUGUAACAUUCUUGUGCGAGGCAUCUGCCAUACCCGAUGUAAAUUACACAUGGUACAAAAAUGCGGAGCUCAUGAAUCCGGAAAGUGGCAAAUUUAAUAAAGACAAAUUUAUAAUACAGGACAAUGUCUUGAAGAUCAAUUUCCUAGACCCGGAUGAAGAUAAUGGAAUGUAUCAAUGUAAGGCGACCAAUCAAUUAAAAGGAGUUUACUCUUCGGCACAACUACGAGUGCUGUCCAUGAAACCUUCAUUCAAGAAGAAACCGCUUGAGUCCGAGAUAUACUCGAUCUACAAUGGAAAUACUACGAUCGAAUGUGAACCAGAAGCUGCACCUCGCCCUAAAAUAGUUUGGAAAAAAGACGGCAACGUUAUAGGAACGGGAGGUCAUCGACGCAUGCUACCGACUGGCACCCUGUUCAUAUCACCGACAUCUAGAGAUGACGAAGGAGUUUACACGUGCGUGGCCACAAACUCACAGGGAGCUGCCGAAUCGAAAGCACGUCUUAUUGUUCUACAGGAACUGCGAUUUGUAGAACAACUGGCUCCGAAGACUAUCAAACAAAUAGAUGAAUUGCUGUACUUGCGAUGUGAAGUUACUUACGACGAGGUCCUAGAUGUUGCCUUCUUAUGGGCACAUAACGGUCGCAUCAUAAACAGCUACGAAAACAUGCCUGCGUACAAUUCACGCUUCAUAGUGAACUACAAUAGUCUAGAAGUGCAUAAUCUGACCUUAUUAGAUGCGGGCGAAUACGAAUGCAUUGCCAAAUCCGCCGUCAAUAGGAUAGUUUCGAAAACAAUGGUAUUUAUACAAGGGCCUCCAGGAGCACCAGGGGCAGUCAAAGUUAUUGAUAUUAAGAAGACUGACGCAUCGUUGGAAUGGAUCGACGGCAACGACAAUGGCCGACCAAUACUGUUCUACAAUAUUCUGGGACGCACUACUUGGAACAAGACUUGGGUCAACGUCUCAGAAAAUGUGAUAGCUCAGGAAAUCGAUCGUUAUAAUGGAAGACGCCGUGCCACUGUGUCUAAGCUUACUCCCGGAUGUGGCUAUGAAUUCAGUGUGGUGGCGGUGAAUGAUUUAGGUAUCGGCGUUCCUAGUCUGCCCUCCCCUCUUUACAAUACCCAGAAGGACAAACCCUACAUCGCGCCACGCAACGUUGGAGGUGGAGGUGGAAAGAUUGGGGAUCUCACAAUCACUUGGACUCCUCUACGUCCGGAAGAACAGAACAGCAUCGACAUCCAUUACAAAGUAUUCUUCCGGCUGCCCAAUCAGCGAGAAUGGGCCACGGAAGUUUUAAAACGGCAAGGCAAUGUGGGAAGAGCAGUUGUUCACAUUCCCUUCGACAAAUACUACACCCAGUACGAGGUGAAAGUGCAAGCCAUCAACGAUCUCGGAGAGGGACCGAUCAGUGACAUUGCCACCAUAUAUUCGGCCGAAGAUAUGCCGCAGGUGGCCCCACAACAGACGGUCGCGAGAGGCUUCAAUUCUACAUCGUUGAAUGUCACGUGGCUGCCAGUUUCACAAACACGAGACGCAAUCAGAGGAAGGCUUAUUGGCCACAGGUUGAAAUACUGGAAGAAAGAGCACAAAGAAGAGGAUGCCGUAUACUACCUCUCGCGAACCACCCGCCCUUGGGCGUUGAUUGUUGGUCUCGCACCCGACACCUACUACUUCGUGAAAGUUAUGGCCUACAAUGCUGCCGGCGAAGGACCCGAGAGUGAACGUUAUCUGGAAAGAACGUACCGGCACGCACCGCAAAAACCACCAUCGUCUGUGAAUAUAUUCGGCAUCAAUCCAUCGACGAUUCGCAUCGUCUGGCGCUACAUUGCACCGUCGCAGGAUGAAGAGCCGGUUCAAGGGUACAAGAUAAGGAUCUGGGAAACCGAUCAGGACAUGACAACUGCCAAUGACACCGUUGUACCAAUAGGCAAAAAGCUAGAAAAAAUCAUCGACAAUCUAACACCAGGAAAAUCGUACAAUCUGCGAGUAUUGGCAUUCAGCAACGGAGGAGAUGGAAGGAUGUCCAGCCCGCCUAUCAAGUUUCAGAUGGGUAUGUAGAAUGUAUCACUCAAAUUCCCUACAACGAAGCGAAGAUGCCGAGAGCGGAAUCAUGGUGGGUAUUGUUGGUAGCCAUUAUAAUUUAUAAAUUUCUCAACUUCUAUUAGAUAGAGGAGAAGCACUGAUUUUCGACCCACUGCAAUUUUGCCCUGAUUUUCGGCCCAUCGUAGAACAUGAGUUCUCAUGUGGCCAGGUCGAAAAUUUGUGCGCUCACCGUAUCAUUGGUACCUCGAAACGAAAAUCAAAAAUCCACUGAAAUUAUUCUCAAGUGAAUAUUUAAAGAAUGUGAUUGCAAAUCAACCUACAUACAGUAUGUAGGUAGAAGUUUUCCAAAAAACUGCACCAUUCCUCAUUGCCUCUAGAGAACGGAAGCUAUUAUGAGCUCUUUCCUACAUUCCAAUUGACUUAAACAUCUAUGUUGCAGACGCAAUGUAACACAUUCUAGUUUCAACAAUCCGCAUUGUUGUUUUGAACCGUGAUUAACAAAGAUCUGUUUAAAUUUUAGUUGUAAGGUAAGGAAAUCAUCGUUGUUCUUUCUGAUGUUCCUUUUUAAUACCCGAUUUAAAACUGGCGAAUAUUCCAUAAUAGCUGUUUCCAAACUCAUAUCGAAAAGUUUCCAGGGUCCGACCAAUUUUGAAACAUUUAUUAUUAAUGAUCCACGAUACUAUGGCUAUUUGCCUUUUUUCUUUAAAAAAAAAUGCAUAUUUUCAUCUUAACACAAUCAAGUGCCCUUGCAUGGUUCAGAUAUAAACUAUGAUCGUUUGAAACGACAUUUUUUCUGUGAAAUAUAAGCGGGAAAUAUUUUUUUGUCCACACCCCACACUAUUUCUUAAAAUUUGAAGAAAUCCUCCUUCAAUCCUCCUUCAAAGCGUUAUCAAAAAAAUUACAUUUUUUUCAACUUUCAUAAAAUGAAACAUAAUGAUUUUCAUUUCCCAUUUCAUUUAUUUCCCAUCCUUUCAUAACCCAACGGAUGAAGGAAUUAAUAUUUGUUUCGGCCAUUAAUUUCUACAACGCAGAAAAAUUGUCAGUCGUUAGGAGGUCAAUCGUGUAUCGUGUCUUCUUGUGUUUGAUAAUUAAUAUUGCUAUCUGAGAAAUGUAAUUCUGAAUAAACUAAAUCUCGCUUAACUUUUCAAAAGGUCCUAAGUAACAUUUUUUUCAUGAAUUAAUUUGAAUAGCACAAUCAACAGAACAACAUGAAUGCUUUUGUUUGCAAUACUCAAAUUAAUUCAUGAAAAAAAUGUUACUUAGGUCCUUUUGAAAAGUUAAGCGAGAAAUAAUGCAUCUACAUGACAUUUUUAUUCCUUGUUAAAAACGUAUUGAUCCGCCUUGUGAAAAUUAAUGUACAAGGAAGGCUAAAACGUGGUUUGUUCGACUGUAAACUUUUAUUCAAAAGUAAUAGGAAUUGAUGACGGGAUGAUGAUGAUUUUCACCCAAAACAAAAGUGUGUAAUAAGCAACAUAUUCCCUCCAUUAAAUAAUGCAAACAUUCAAUAUUAUUUUUUCCACUUUAUAAUUAAGACCGUACAACUAGCAUAUGGAUCAGAUUUAUACUAUUUAUGUCAAAAAUAGGCAGCUCUGAAGUGUAAUUAAUGUCGAAUAAAGUAAAUUUAUAAUGUUUUAAA